AACAACGGAACUGUCGGCGUCAAUGAAUAUAUCUACUUUUGCAUGAGAAAUCCAUUUGGAAAAGCCGAAGAUGGAGAGAGAUCAAGACAUGAAGUCCAUAGAUGAGUGGGAACUGAGUAAAGAGAAUGUUUUACCUCUGAAACAGGGUCGAAAAAUGACAAAUCUCACAGCUGCUCUUCAACCACAAAACUUUGAUCGGCAACAGCAGCUUAUUUUGCAGAGGCAAGGUUUUGAGACUGAAUUGAGAACAUAUACUGGAGAUGAUCCCUUAGAUUCCUGGAUUCGUUACAUUCAGUGGACAGAGCAGAACUUUCCCCAGGGCGGGAAGGAUUCUCACCUGGGUGUGCUGAUGCAGAAGUGUCUUAUCCAGUUCAAGAAUGAUGACCUUUACAAGCAGGAUAUCCGCUAUGUCUCCAUCUGGCUCAAAAUGGCUCAGUAUGAUAGCGAGAGUCUGGAAAUUUUCAAGUUUAUGCAAGCCAACCAGACUGGGACCAAGUUGACCUUGUUCUACGAGGCCUGGGCCUGGGAGCUUGAACAGGUCGGGAACACCAAGAGGGCUGAUGCCAUUUACAAAGAGGGUCUGGCUAACAAUGCACAACCCCGGGAAAGGCUAGAAAGGGCUCUAAUUGAGUUUCAGUCCCGUGUUGGUCGAGCUACUGUGCAGCAGAUGCAAGAAGGGACGAUGAACCCCACUUCUACUGCUUCUGCCGAAGAUCAACGAGCCACUCUCGGAGACCUCAGGGCUAGGGGGAAGCACCAAAAAGUAGGAACAAAUCGAACAGGAGCUGCAAUGCGUUCAAGUCGGGGUGGUCUUCCAACUGCCCCAGCCCCACUUCAACAACGAUCAAACCAGAUCAGCAUAUUCUGUGAUGAUGGUGCUCAAGGAGCAGCGGCAGCCCAACCUUCUGGGCAAUGGCAGCAUCUACCAUCUCGCUCCGAGUCUCAGAAGGAGAACACAUCAUCUGCCGGUCAGUGGGCUGGUCAAAGGCUUCCUCAGAGGAACAUGCCAAGAAUGACAUUUCAAGAGGUUAGCAGCUAUUCCAGACCAGACUUUGCUGUCCAUGUUGAUGAGGAUGCAGAUCAGAUCACAACUCCACGUAAGCCACUGGAGAUGGGAUUCCAAGUACUGAGUGAGAAGAAGCAUUAUAAACCAACUAAUGCCCUUCAUCAUAUCACACAGGACAACGUGAAAGACAAUACAAGAGUGAUGUACUGCAAGCAUCUAAUCUACGGUGGUGCUAGGGAGAUGUCAUUUGAAGAGCUGCGUGGUGUUAAGGACAGGACUAAGAGAAAGGAGAGAGAUAUCCAAGCUAAAAUGGAAGAAGCUGAAAGGUUGCGAGUAGACAUGGUCAGGAAGCAUAAAGAACAUGAUGAAAUGUUUGCCAAGAUGCAGGAGAAAUUAGAGCAACAGAGAAUCCAGCAAGAGCAGUAUAUUGAGUUACUUGUGAAGCAGAAGGUAGAGGCUAUGGCUUCUCAGCAAAUCCAACCUCCAGUGGUGCAGCCUACCCCUGUUGUACCGCAGCAGCCUGCACAAAUGGCACCAGCACAUCCUGCACCAGUAGUACCACAGCAGCCUGCACAAGUGGCACCACCACAGACAGCACAAGGGGUACCCUUUGCCCAGUAUGCAUCAGCUCAACAAGGCUUCCAGACACAGGGAUCUUCCAGCCAAGCUACUACUCGCUCUCACACCUCACCCCUGGACAGUAUAGCAGACUGUACUGAUGUCACCAAGCAGAGGCACAGAUCAAACUCGGGAGGAGAUUCAACUAUGACCUGUACCAAGCAGCUAAUGUUUGAUGAUCUGACAGGCGCAGCAGGAAACUUCAAUAUAUUCUGUGACCCAAGUCAGGGUCCUCCUGCCAAACCAGCCCCUCGGUACCCUACUGUAGCUGCUGCAGCUAAGCCACCAAUUGCUCCUCUGUCUCAAAGUAUGGCAGCUCCAACGCCCUGCAACCCGUCCUCCACCUCAGCUUUCUCGGUCCACUCUGUGGGUGCUCCACCAUCAAAGAGCAGCCAGCAAGCAGAGCAAGACACAAUCACUCCCAACCAGAGCUUUGCUACCAACACCAGCUCAACCAUUCCUCAUGGGGCAGGCCUCAAUGAUGACAAGACACCUCAGUCCUCGAUGAUGAGCGAGAAGACACCAUCCUCUGCGUCUUUCGCAUCGUUGAGCCGCUCCAGGAAUGGUCGGCUGAGCAACAUACGCACCCCUAAAGGUCUGACGGCGCCCUCACCGACCAUCAACACCAAGGAAGCUCUUGGAGUGAUCAACGCCAUGCUCAAUUGCUCUUUGAAGAGUAACCAGUUUGACUUGGAUGGUGAUUUUCAGAAUCAGGUGACACAUCAGGAGAAGGAUUUUGAGAUGGACUUUGCAAAUGCUGAAAGUAAUGAUGUAAAGCCAGUGAGCAAGGGUGCAAUCUUUGAAGACAGUAGUGCCUUCAAGCGCGUUGGAGGCUUUGGUAGUCAGGGCAUCAUCCCUAGAAGACAACCUCUUACUCAAAGGACCGAUCAACCCACUGAACCACCACGCCAAGGUGUACCCCCAUCAUCCGCAUUCUCCUCUAUACCUAUCUAUCAAGAUGACAUGAAGCCAGAGAUCAAAGAGGCAGGAGCUACAAAGAUCACAAUAUUUGAAGAUGAACCAGUGGACAACACCAAAGAGAACUCGCCACCAUCUGAUUACAGGCAAGUGAAAGAGAAGAGAGAGAUGGCAGGUGUUCUAGAAUCUUCUAAGAGUGUACCUUUCAUGUCACUAGAGGAUCAGGAGCAAGAAGAUGCAAUUGGAAUGGAUGCAAUGGAAGUGCAGCCCAGCACUGAUCCCUCUCAACACCGUGACCUCUCCCAUACCAUGAACGUAACCCUCCCCCGGACUGGAGCCGGCUCCAACUACUCCUUCGAGGUGGCUGCCCGCAUGGCUUCCACGCCCUUCAACGAUGCCUCAUCCCUCAAGCUGUCUUUCAUACCCCCCAUGAGUACCAUCAAACCCAGAGAGGUGGAGCAGGACAAGGAGGAGGAGAUGGUAAUGCCCAUGCAGCAGGGGACUGUGGCUGCUGAUGUGGCAUGCUCAAAGAGUGAGGUUGUUGGGGCUUCGGCUUCCAGAGUGAUACAAGCAUCGGUCAAUGAGAGCUUUGAGAAGACCGAGUUCGCAGUUGAUCAUUCAGCUGGACAUCUCAGCCCUAUCAUGGAGACAAGUGCAGAGAAUGCACGUUCAUCAGCCUCCAGCUCUGCCUCCACCACCAACUCACAUGCAUCAGCUUCCUCACUGGAAUGCCACCAGCCAUCAUACCACAAUCAGGAAGACAGAGAGAAGGACAUUGCACCCAGUUCUCAAGGUUUCACAAUCCACAUGGAUGAAGAACCUCAUGCCCAAUAUCAACCAAAGACUGGAUCUGCAGCUUCAGGCUUCCACAUCCACGUUGACAACAACGAGUCCAGUGCUGCCCCUGAGGUUCCCACCAGCUUCCGUGCAAAGGACAACAGCUGCCUGCACAAGGAUGAUCUCCCAGAUUUGGAGAUGAGCUUCAUCCCAGAUAGGACCAUCCAGGACGCAGAACAAGUAGAGCAGGACAUCACUACCUUUGGAAUGGGGGAGGAACCAUUGGACUACAGUGACCCUUUCAAUGCUGGUCUCCAGAACCUUCUGCUAGCUGGCCUAUCCAAACCUCUGUCCAUGUACAAAGGGAUCUACCAGCACGAUCACAUGAUGCCAGCAAUCAAGACGGACCUUGCCGUUAGCUUUGGUGAUGAGAUCCAUGUCUACAGUGUGAUGGAGAAGGUAGGAGAAGGGGCCUUUGCCACCAUCUACCUGGCUGCAUGCCUAGAUGCACUGGACAUGACUGACCUGGAUCGUGAUUUUCGAAGAGUGGCCCUCAAAGUCCAACACCCUCCAUGCCCCUGGGAGAUGUACGUCAUCAAAGAGCUACAUGCUAGGCUUAGUAGACUACCCUCCCAGAUCGAUGUGCGUCCAUCCAUUAUGACUGCGGAAUGCGCACAUAUCUACCAAGACAAGAGCUGCAUGGUGACCGAGUACAAAUCCAAAGGCACCCUUCUAGACCUAAUCAACAAAGUCAAGGCUGUUAACAAGAAAGACCUAUCUGAGGACUGGGUGCUAUUCUUCGCAAUUGAGAUCCUGCAGACAGUAGAGUACAUGCAUCGAUGUAAGAUCAUCCAUGGUGACAUCAAGCCUGACAACUUCCUUAUCAAUACAGACAACGAUGAAAACUUCACCUGCUCUCAGGAACCUAGCAGCCUUGUAAAACUGAUCGACUUUGGACGUAGCAUCGACAUGACUCUUUUCCCUGAGGGUACAGUCUUCACGGCCAAGUGUAAGACCAGUGGAUUCAACUGUACAGAGAUGCAGUCUGAUCAGCCAUGGACAUACCAGGUUGACUAUUAUGGCAUUGCUGGCACAGUGCAUUGCUUGAUGUUUGGAAAGUACAUGAAGGUCUUUAGAGAAGGAGGCAUCUGGAAAAUGACAUCCAAAGUCCCAAGGUGUGCCAAGGUCGACUGGAAGGGAUUCUUCCACACCCUACUCAAUGUACCGAGCUGUGACCCCUCUGACCUCCCUCAUCUAGGUGACCUGAGGAGACAGCUAGAGAAGCACGUUAACCCUUCCAAGAAAGCAGAUAUCCAUUUCCACAUGGAUGUUCUUUUGAGCGAUUAGGCUUUCAAUAUACAAGUUGUGUCCCCAAAACACCCUCAGACAUGUCAUUGACAAACUUGUAGCUGCCUUUUACAAACUCUAAAUUGUACUUUGGGCGGGUAUUGGCAUAUACUGGAAACUAAUGUGCUGCGGAAGAGGGUGCAUUUUCCAGAAGGAUUCAGACCCAAUAUAGAUCUUUCAUUAUUCAUGUGUUGGAAAAAGUGAGAAGCAGACUGGUCAAUCGUGUUUACUAGGGAAACAUUCUAAAGGAACAACACCAAAUCAAGUCUCUGUAUGUUAAUCCUUGGUAGCCUACCACUGCACUGGACCAAACAUGCUAGUCUUGUAGAUCUAUUGUUGAAUUUAAGAAGGCAAUCCUGACACCGGACCAUUUAUAAUAAUAAUAAUGAUAAUAAUACAUUUAUAGAGCGCAGAAACUAUCCAACAUUAAGUAUAUAUUCUACUGCGCUACAAGAGCUCCUGAUAUGCUGAGACUUACAGUUUAUUAAAAAGAUGUGCUUUCAGUUUGGACUUAAAGACAUUUACAGAUGGUGAUUUCCUGACUUCAAAUGGCAAGUUAUUCCAGAGUUUUGGGGCUGCACAAGCAAAUGCUCGAUCACCUAGUGUUAUUUUUGUUUUGAUAGAUAGGAUCUGCAGCAACAAAGUAUCUUGGGAACUGCGCAAGUUGCGAUUGUGUUGAUUAGGUUUAAAAUUCAACAGUUCUUUGAUAUAAGUGGGAGCUUGACCAAGAAGUGCUUUAUAUACAAUCAGCAAGAUUUUGAAUGUUAUUCUCUGGCGUACUGGUAACCAAUGUAGAUUUCUUAAAAUUGGGGUGAUCCGUGUGAAUUUGGAACAACCACAGAUCAGCCUUGCACAGGUGUUUUGAACCCGUUGCAAUCUCACUAUUUGAGAGUCGGGGAUCCCAUACAGUAGACCAUUACAAUAGUCCAACUUAUUGGUGAUACAUGCAUGAACAAUGUCUUUUUAAUGUCCUUAUCUAAAUAUUUACGAAGACGUCUGAGAUUAUAGAUCAUGUAGUAUGCUGAUUUACAAGCAUUUGUGAUGUGCUCUCUCAUAUUCAAAUUCGAAUUGAACUGUACUCCGAGAUUUCUUGCACUAACAGAUGGUUCUAUUACAGAGUCUCCAAUUGAUACACUGUUUAAGUUGAUUUUGGAUGUCUGUGUAGGUGUGCCAAUGAUCAUUAAUUCAGUUUUACCAGCAUUAAGCAUGAGCCUAUUUUGCAACAUCCAUCCACUUACAUAGUCAACACAUGUUUCUAGAAGUGAGACUCAUCGCUCUUUAGCAUGUUCAUUAGGUCUGAAUGAUACAUAAAGCUGUGUGUCAUCAGCAUAGCAGUGGCAUGAUAUCUCGGGGAAAUUUUUUCGAACAUUUGAAAUGAGAUUAGCAGUGUACAGAGUAAAUAACAAAGGACCCAGCCGAGAACCUUGUGGAACUCCGAAAGGCACUGGGAAAUCAUCAGAGAUCACAUCAUCCAUUUUGACCUUUUGAUAUCUAUUCGCCAAAUACGAACAACCAUAUCUAUGCCGAAACAGGUCUUUAAAGUUUCUGAUAAGCAAGAAUGAUCUAUAGUGUCGAAUGCACUGCUUAGAUCUAAUAACAGUAAAAGAGUGACUUUCUGGGAAUCCAUAGCCAUCAAUAGAUCACUCUUUAUUCUUAGCAGUGCUGUUUUAGUACUAUGGAAUUGUCUGUAUGCAGACUGAGUACAUGACAAAAGUGAGUUGUCAUUGAGGUAAUCCAUAAUUUGCUGGGUAGCAGCACCCUCAACCAACUUCGAUAUAUAUUUCAGAUUGCUGACAGGUCUUAAGUUCUUAAAAUCUGCGUCAAGACCAGGUUUUUUCAAUAAAGGUGUGAUGAGGGCAUUUUUCCAUUGCAUAGGAAAAUGACCAGUCGAGAGAGAAAGAUUAAUCAAUGAUGUGAACACAGGAAUUAAUAUGUCGAUACAUUGUAGAAGAAGUUUCGUGGGCAUAGGAUCUAAAGAGCAUGACUUCUUACUGAGGUUAAGUAUAAGUUUUUCAACUUGGUGCUCAGAAAGAGAUUUGAAAUUGCUCAAAACAUCGACAUCAUGGUAUGUUGCUAAUGGAGAAUAAGUCCUGGGUUCAUUCAUUGCAUCUAAUCUUGUUUCAAUAUUCUUGUGGAUUUUCACGACUUUGUCUCAAAAAUAAUCACCUAGGUCAUUCACAAACUUAUGUUUAUCAGUACUACAAGGUAUCGAGGGUUGUUUAUUAGACAUGUUCAAUAGAGACUUGACAACAUUGAAUAACUUGUUUUGAUUGUCCCUAUUUUCCAUGAUCAGAUCUCUGUGAUAUUUUCCACAAGCUUUAUUCAAAAGUUGCAAUGUUGCAUUUCGAACGGACUUAUAGUUGUCCCAAUUACUAUCGGCCCUAGUUUUCAACCAGCGCUUUUCAGCCUUUCUCUUUUUCCUUUUUUCUGUCCUGACACAGUCGGUAUACCACGGUACUUGGGGACGUAACACUACCUGUUUAGUAACAACAGGAGCAUGUUUCUCUAAGAUAUCACUAAGCGUAGUAUCAUACAACAAAGCUAGUUCAGUGAGGAUACUAGGUGUGUGCAUACAUUUAUAUUUUCGAGUACAUUUUUUGUGAGCAAAAAAAAAUAUUAAAAAAAUAAAUAAAAUAGUGUUUACAUUUGUAAGAUGCAAGAACAGUAUACUAUCAUAUUUGAUCAGUGUUAUUGUUCAGGAGUAACUGGAUAUAUUACUCUACCAUGUUCACGGUAUCCACAGAUAUUACAUUCAUAAUGGUCAGGCAUCUGUAUUUUGAAUAAUUAUUAACCUACAUGAGAACAUGAUAAUCAUUAUGUUUUAUGGGACAACCAUUACAAGUACCGGUAGUAUUUUUAGACAUUAUAUUUAAGUGUAUAUAUAAAAUAGAAUCUUCAUUUACACAUUAAGAGCAAUUCCCUGCUAUGUGUGUGUCCCAUAUGUCUUCCUCACCCCCUCCACAUAUUCAUCUGAAACUUAAGAAUCUUUUGCCAUGACCAUUGGAUAAUGGUCCUGUUUUAGUAAGUUUCACUGCUAUUAGUCAUAGAAAAAUCGAGAGAUUUUACAUUCAUGGAUGAAAAAUAUUGAUAAAUGUCAUACGACCUAUGGGACACAUUGCACAAAAUCACCCAUAAUCGGCUCAUUAUGAACAAAUACAUGGAGGAGAUGAAAGUAUUAUUCAUAGGACGUUGUCUUGAUACUCGGCAAAAAACAUGUCAUUUGUACUGCAGCUUUCUAAAAAAAGUUUCAUGAACACUGUAUAUAACUAACUUGUUGAUAAAUUUUAUUCUCAAAUUUUUAAAUAUUGUAUGAAAAGAUGAGUGUAAUCUGCUAUUCAAAUUUGUGAAAUGGCAUUUGUAUGAA